UUCAAUCCCAGUCCUGGUUGAAAAGCGCUGGAAGGGAAAGUGUUCGUUGAUUGGUUACUUACUGGUCACAUGACCACGCAUCCGCCCUGUGACUGUUGCUGUUAUGACAACGAAGUUUGGAGAGUCAGAUGAAUGGUGGCGAUGAAGAAGAAGCUGAACUCCAGCAAAAACCGCCAGAAGUCGCUAAAAUGUACAGUGUACCUGGACAUUCAGACAGUUACGAGCCCAGGAGUCCUUCUGCACAAGAGGCACGGCAUCUACCUCAGUGUGCGUAUAAUGGGCCAGUACAAGAAGACUCCAUGUUUGCCACCUGUUUUCCCUUUACUCUUCCACCACAGAAUGGUUUUUGUCAAGACCUUCUCUGGCGUUGUUGACCCUGCUGAUGUAGCUGACCUCCUCGAAGCUGACACAACAGUUUUUGAGCUGAUUCAGUCGGUCCCUCCAGAGGGGGAGAUUCUUGCCACGAUGGAGGAAUGCAGCAGAGAUUUCCUGUACCCUGGUCCCACACUGGCUGCUACUGGAGCUGCAGAAAGAGACAUUCUGAUGAAAAGAUCCUCCUCAUUUCCUGGAAUCUCCCCUAAAGUGGAGUUUGCAACGGCGUCGGUCAUAGAGGAGAGUGGCGGGAGAAACAGCUGGGCUCCAUCACCUACCUGUUGUCUUUCUCCGGUGAGGCCAUCUUUGACCCCGUCUCAGCACACGUCAUCAAAGACGCCUUCGCCGUUUAGCAAAACACGGGACGACAAUCCGCACUGCGUGAUGUGGAAAGACGGGGAGGAGAAGCCGGACGUUGAGGCCGUUGUCCCGAGCAGAACGCCGACGUCUAGACGUUCUCCUGCUGCAUCGCCGUCGGACUACAGCCCUCGAAGAAAAAACAAGGACAGGAAGCGCAGUGACACCAGAGCUGCGGUGGACGCUGGGUACCAACGGCCUACGGUUUCCUCGACGACGCGAGCCCUGUCCCCUUACACGUACCGCAAGAUGUGCCAGCUGUCCGACGACACCAGGCAGCGGAUGAGCCACCUCCAGCUAGGGCCUCACCACUUUCGGAAGGAGACGGAGAGCCAGCCACCUUUUUCGGUCCCCCGCUGCAGUAAUGCCUCUGGGAUGGGAACGCCGGCCGCCUCCUCGAUGCUGAACGGCAGCUCCAGUCGGCGCUCUCUCAGUUUCUCAGCUGCUCACACAGAUUCGUCUCUUUUUGGAAGUCACAGACCGAGAACGGAGCGAACAGAACCGGCUGCAGUGGGGGUCCAGACGUCUCCAGAGACUCCAUCCCGCCGUGAACCCAGGAUAAAAAGCCCUGCGCAGGAGUCUGCCUCAGUUCGGGCCAGCCUGGCUGGGUCAGAACCAGGAAGGCUUCUGAAUGUCAGCGGCCGCUCCCUCAGAGACGGACUUCAGACCGGUCCGUCCUACUGGGAGCAGAUCCACAGCCGGGUCCAGAGGAUUCUGCAGACGCACAGAACCACCUGGGACCACAGAGGGAGCUGUAACUUUUAAGCCACUUCAGGAGCGUUUCACUGCAAGGCCUGGACACCAAUUCUACUAAUUCAUCCAGUGUUUUCCCUUUAAAAUGUAUAUUAUGGAAUAGCAGAGCAAUAUGUCCUAGUAAGGUUAUUUGGGGAUAAAAGAUCUGAUUCUAUUUGAAUAGAAAUCAAAUCUAAAAGUAAAAGUGGGCAAGGGGAAUCUUACCUUCAAUAUAAUUAACAUUUCAAACAUCUGAAGCACAUGAAGGUCGUUUAUUUUACCUCUUACUCGUCUUCUGUGCUGCAUUGGACGUUUAAACCAAGCAGAGCCGUUGUCCUUUUUUUCCCCCCCUCUUUAAGCCGUUUAUUAAACUGGCUCGACUAUACUGAAGCAGCGUUUUGCGUGUGUGGGAAGGAGACGUGGAGGAUGUAAGCUGCAGCUUCUGAAGGGCUCGCCUCUCGCAGCACAAAGGGGAAGCAUGAAGGUAGCCAAGAGCUACCGCUGGGAGCCCCGAGCUAAAAACAGACCGAAGAGAUUCGAGCGAGAGAAAAGGAACAAAAGUAAAUCCUGAAUGAAAGGGUAAGCGGCACAAAGAGACCGAGCCGCUACUGAAAUGCAAACAUUCAUCUUCAUAGUGUUACGUGGAAAUGUCUUGAUUGAAAAAAAUCAAAGCCGUGCGUAAUGUAUUUCUGCCGAUUCAUCUGUGGGAUGGACGUAAUUCUGCCGCUGGGGUAUUUAUCACGGCUAAUCAUGUUGUAGCUGUUACGAGCUCUCGUCACUUCUACACUGAAUGACACCACAUAUGCAAAAACAUCUUAAAGUUUUGAGAAGGGAAGCAACAGUAAUUAACUUUUCCUGCACAAAGGGACAUCAUGGUUGACAAUCUAAGCUACUUUUAGUAUUAAGGGUUUUCUACAGCAGCAGAAAUGCUAACAGAGUCCAGCUAAUCUGACAACAGCUUCAUCUUCUUCAUAUCAAUGUAAUGUUUAUUCUGCAGUCCAGAUACGCUCAUAUUUAAAUAAAGUUUCAGGUCCACAAUCACUAGAAUCACAUCAAGGAUGGUCAUGACAGACGUGUUUCAGGCACACACUUUAAUAUUGGUUGUUGUAAUUAAAAAUGAGAAGCCCUAUUCACUGAUGACUGUACAGAGUUAGGGAAUCAUCUCGUCUGUAAA